GUCCCUCUCUUUCCCUGUCUGUCUCUCUCUCCUCGUCUUCAGCUGUAUGUCUCUCAGUCACUCAGUCAGUCAGUGAGUUGCCCGGGUCCGCUACGCCUGCGUCCGCCUCCGCAGCUCUCCAAAGCCGAGACGCGCCACCGCCGCCGUCAUUGCGGGCAUGACAUACUGGCAUCAGUAGUGGGCUUCCGUCAGGCUGCUUUUAAGAAAAUUACAAAGGAGAGGAAGAGACACAAGAGUAGAGGAGAGUGAAGUGACUCAUUUCCACCCGAGCUUGUGCGUUGAGAAGAGUAGAUGAGCCAAUGGCUGGGGCACAGCCGGGAGUUCAUGCGCUGCAGCUCAAGCCAGUGUCCGUACCCGAGAGCCUAAGAAAGGGCAACAAAUUUAUGAAAUGGGAUGAUGAUUCAACCACUGUGACCCCGGUGACUCUGACAGUUGACCCCAAAGGUUACUUCCUGUAUUGGACUGACCAGAGCAAGGAUACAGACCUUCUGGAUAUAGCAUACAUAAAAGAUGCCAGAAACGGAAAGUGCGCGAAAACGCCAAAGGAAGCCAAGCUGCGCGAGCUGCUGGAUAACAGCACGCUGUCGGGGAAGUUGGAGAGCAGGAUGCUGACGGUUGUGAGUGGCACCGACAUGGUGAAUAUCACCUACCUGAACUUCAUGGCGUUCCAAGAGGAGAUUGCGAAGGAAUGGGCAGAAGAGCUUUUCAACCUGGCGUCCAACCUCUUGGUGCAGAACAUGUCCAGAGAGGCGUGCCUCGAAAAAGCAUACACCCGGCUGAAGCUGCAGCUAAACCCUGAGGGAAGAAUCCCCGUCAAGAAUAUCUUCAGGAUGUUCUCGGCAGACAGGAAACGAGUGGAGACAGCGUUGGAAAGCUGUAACCUCCCUUCUGGCAGAAAUGACUCCAUUCCCCAGGAGGACUUCACUCCAGAGGUCUAUAGCAUGUUCCUGAGCAACAUCUGCCCUCGGCCUGAGCUGGACCACAUCUUCUCUGAAGUGGGAGCCAAGAGUCGACCAUACCUCACAGUGGAGCAGAUGACAGAUUUCAUUAACAGUAAACAGCGAGACCCUCGCCUGAACGAGAUACUCUACCCUCCUCUCAAACCAGAACAGGUCCAGCUGCUGGUUGACAAAUAUGAACCCAAUGCUUUGCUGGCACAGAAAGGUCAGAUCUCAGCAGAAGGCUUCACCAGGUACCUGAAUGCAGAAGAGAACAGCAUCAUUCCUCCUGAGAAGCUGGACCAGAGUGAAGACAUGACCCUUCCCCUCUCUCACUAUUUCAUCAACUCCUCACACAACACAUACCUCACAGCCGGCCAGCUCGCAGGCAACUCUUCGGUCGAGAUGUACAAACAGGUCCUCCUUUCUGGGUGCCGCUGCAUUGAACUGGACUGUUGGAAGGGUCGCACCACAGAAGAAGAGCCUGUUAUCACCCAUGGCUUCACCAUGACAACUGAAAUCUCCUUCAAGGAGGUAAUUGAAGCUAUAGCAGAGUGUGCCUUCAAGACCUCGCCUUUCCCCAUCAUCCUGUCCUUUGAGAAUCACGUGGACUCACCAAAGCAGCAGGCUAAGAUGGCUGAGUAUUGCCGGUCAAUAUUUGGAGACGCAUUACUGACAGAACCUCUGGAGAAAUAUCUUCUGGAGUCUGGCGUGCCGUUGCCCAGCCCGAUGGAGCUGAUGGGAAAGAUCUUGGUGAAAAACAAAAAGAAACACCACAAGACAAGUGGAAGUGCAAAGAAAAAACUCUCUGAGCAGGUUUCUAACACCUGCAGUGAUUCUUCCAGCGUGUGUGAGCCCUCCUCCCCAAGCGCAGGUUCCACCAAAGAAGAAGUGGCAGAUUCCACACAGCCCUCUGAUGGUACUGAGCUUACACUGAGACCACAGGGCAGAAAGUCUAUUGGUGAAGUGGAGGCCGAAAGCGAGGACGAAGAUGAUGAUGAUGAUGACUGUAAAAAGGGAUCAAUGGAUGAGGGCACAGCGGGCAGUGAGGCAUUCGCUACAGAGGAAAUGUCCAACUUGGUCAUCUACAUCCAACCUGUCAAAUUUAACAGCUUUGAGGCUUCCAAAAAGAUCAAUCGAAGCUACCAGAUGUCAUCCUUUGUCGAGACCAAAGCUUUAGAGCAGCUGACCAAAUCUCCUGUAGAGUUUGUGGAAUACAACAAGCUGCAGCUGAGCAGGAUCUACCCUAAAGGCACUCGAGUGGAUUCAUCCAACUACAACCCUCAGCUGUUCUGGAACGCAGGCUGUCAGCUGGUGGCUCUCAAUUUCCAGACUAUUGAUUUAUCAAUGCAGCUCAACCUGGGCAUGUAUGAAUACAAUGGGAAAUGUGGCUACAGACUGAAACCAGAGUUUAUGAGACGGCCGGAUAAGCACUUUGACCCAUUUACCGAGAGCACAGUGGAUGGGAUAGUAGCCAACACACUGUCUGUGAAGAUCAUCUCAGGCCAGUUCCUGUCAGAUAAGAAAGUGGGCACAUACGUGGAGAUCGACAUGUUUGGUUUACCAGUGGACACAAAGAGAAAAGCAUUCAAGACCAAGACCUCUCAGGGCAAUGCCAUCAACCCUGUCUGGGAAGAGGAAGCCAUUGUUUUUAAGAAGGUUGUCCUGCCCACGCUAGCAUCACUGAGGAUAGCAGUGUUUGAGGAAGGAGGGAAGUUUAUCGGACACCGCAUCAUUCCUGUGUCAGCCAUCCGUCCAGGCUAUCACUACAUCAGUCUGAGGAAUGAGAAGAACCAGUCCCUGACGUUACCUGCUCUGUUUGUGUAUGUUGAAGUAAAGGACUAUGUCCCAGACACAUUUGCAGACGUCAUUGAAGCCUUGUCCAAUCCAAUCCGCUAUGUCAACCUGAUGGAGCAAAGAGCCAAUCAGCUGGCUGCUCUCACCUUGGAAGAGGGAGGGGAGGAGGAGGGUGACAAAGAGGUGGAGACAUUAAGUGAUGCCCCCUCAGAAUCAAAGGAUCAGAGGAUAACGCCCGCUGAGAACGGACUGAGCCACACACCCACUCCCCCCAAACCUCAGUCGCUGGUCAGCCACCAGCCUCAGCCUGCAGGCUCAUUAAAACCAUCAGUGAAGACUGAAGACAUCAUCCAGAGUGUUCUCACGGAACUGGAGGCUCAGACAGUGGAGGAGCUGAAGCAACAGAAGGGCUUCGUUCGGGAGCAGAGAAAGCAGUACAAGGAGAUGAAGGAGCUGGUUCGGAAACACCACCGCAAGACCAGCGAGCUGAUCAAGGAGCACCAGGCUCGUGUGUCGGAGCUGCAGAGCCAGCAUCAGCGUCGGCGCUCUGCCCUGCAAAAGAGCCAUAAAAGAGAUGGUAAGAAAAGUCGGUCUGAACAAUCUCUGUCCACACUGGACCAAGAGCUGUGUGACCUGGACCAGGAGUGCAGCCAGAGACUGGCCGAACUGAAGGAACAGCAGCAACAGCAGCUCCUCACACUUCGCCAGGAGCAAUACUACAGCGAAAAAUACCAGAAACGAGAACACAUCAAGCAGUUGGUUGAGAAGCUGACCAGUAUAGCAGAGGAAUGCCAGAGCGCUCAGCUGAAAAAGCUCAGAGACAUCUGUGAGAAAGAAAAGAAGGAUCUUAAAAAGAAGAUGGACAAGAAAAGGCAAGAGAAAAUCAACGAGGCCAAAUCCAAAGACAAGAAUAUGACAGAAGAAGAGAAGCUAGAGAUCAACAGAUCGUUUGUCAAUGAGGUGGUGCAGUAUAUCAAACGGUUGGAAGACGCCCAGAGUAAAAGACAGGAGAGGCUACUGGAGAAACACAAGGACAACCGCCAGCAAAUCUUGGAUGAGAGGCCAAAGUUACAGAGCGAUCUGGACCAGGAGUACCAGGACAAAUUUCGCCGGCUACCUGUGGAAAUCCAAGAGUUUGUUCAGGACAGCAGCAAGGCCAAGCUGAGCGACGACAGCAUCCAUGGAAACCUCGUUUCCUCGUCGACAGCAGAGAAGCUGAACCACAAGGCGUCGCAGUCAGAGGACGACACGGAGGAGGGGUCGUCGGAACGAGUCUACGAAACCCCGCUCUAGAGAUUUAACCUUGACCCUUUGGGACACUGACUGGUGGACGUGGUUAUGGACACAGAUUCUAGGAUGAGACUGCCACUUUGGUCCUAAUUGUAACCAGUGGGAGGAUUAGGUCAAAUCUGAGCCUGAAUUGGUGAGUAGCGGUCCUCUCUGCGUAGAGUGCAGUCUUGUCCAGACACCUGUUUUUCAUGUAAAUAAUAACCUUUUGUGUAUUUGUAUGUUACCUGUACGUUGUCGUCUCUUUCGGUACGGCCACAGGAGGUGUUAGGAAACACUAACUAUUUGCAGGAAAUAACUUACUUGAACUAUUGCACACAGAGAGAGUAGUUUCUUUUUAUUAUUUUUAUUAUCACGAUGUUUGCAGUAGUGCUGAUCAGAGAGGCGUGUCGUGCCAAGGGUUGGUAUUCACUUCACAGUGGAUUUUAAAUGGAGUGUACUGUAAAGAAGUCAUUAUAUAUCCAGCCUUUAAAGCUUCCGUCUCUAUAAGAUUUAAAUUCACCUUUACAUAUUUGCACUGAAGGCUCACUAAACCCUCUCUUACUUUAACCCAGAGGCACUGGUGGCUUGCUGGUUCUUGAGUUUGUUCUCACAGAACUAAGCCUAUGCGUUGCUGCUAAUUUCCUUUUUGUUUUGUUUUUUAAAAUAAUUUCUUUUGU